AUGGCGGAAACCAAAAUAAUAUAUCAUAUAGACGAGGAGGAGACGCCGUACCUGGUGAAGAUUCCAAUCUCUUCGGAAGAAAUCACACUGUUGGACUUUAAACAAGUUCUCAAUAAACCUAAGUAUAAGUUCUUCUUCAAGUCCAUGGAUCAGGACUUCGGGGUGGUGAAGGAAGAGAUAUCAGACGACUCUGCAAAACUUCCCUGCUUUAAUGGAAGAGUGGUUUCUUGGCUGGUUUCCUCAGAAAGUGCUGCAGGGGAAGUUGCAGCACCUCCAGCUCCUGUUGCAGGACUGCGAACGGAACCGUCACCUCCUCCGCCCCCCCUUCCCCCACCAGCCGCAGAGCGUUCAGGUGGCAUUGGUGACUCAAGACCUCCUUCAUUCCACCCUAAUGUGGCCAGCAGUGUGGAGACUCUGGAUGAAGCAACUGAAACAGAGUCGGUCAUGUCGUUUAGGAGAGAAAGACCCAGAUGCAGAGAGAGUUUAGAGCAGCACGGGUCUCGUGUGAAUGGUCAAACACGGUUAGAACGGCACAUGGCCGGCUAUGAAAGCUCCUCCACCAUGAUGAGCAGUGACCUGGACACCACCAGCUUCUGUGACUCAGAUGAGGAUGGCACCAUGAGCAGGUUUAGUAGUUCUACAGAACAGAGUACAGCCUCCAGAUUGUUAAAGAGACACCGCAGGCGUAGGAAACAGCGGCCACCGAGACUAGAACGGGCAUCGUCAUUCAGCAGUGUGACUGACUCCACAAUGUCACUCAACAUCAUCACUGUUACUCUCAAUAUGGAUAAAUAUAAUUUCUUGGGCAUCAGUAUUGUUGGUCAGAGUAAUGAGCGGGGGGAUGGAGGCAUCUACAUCGGCUCCAUUAUGAAGGGAGGAGCCGUGGCGGCGGAUGGGCGAAUAGAGCCUGGAGACAUGUUGCUGCAGGUGAAUGAUAUAAACUUUGAGAACAUGAGUAAUGAUGAUGCUGUAAAGGUGCUAAGAGACAUUUUACACAAACCUGGACCCAUCAUCCUGACUGUGGCUAAGUGCUGGGACCCUUCACCUCAGGGAUACUUCACACUGCCCUGCAAUGAGCCGAUCCGACCCAUUGACCCUGCUGUGUGGGUAACUCACUCUGUGGCCAUGAGUGGUGGAGCAUACCCUCCUUACCCUCCCAGCACCAUCACUUCCAGCUCAUCUGUUACAGAGACUGAGAGGUUUGAUGAGUUUUCGCUCUCCCUGCAUUCUGAUAUGACGUCAAUUGCUAAAGCCAUGUCCUCUCCUGACUCUGGCCUGGAAGUCAGAGAUAGGAUGUGGCUAAAGAUCACCAUCCCUAAUGCAUUCCUGGGUUCUGAUGUGGUAGAGUGGCUUUAUCAUCACAUUGAGGGCUUCCAGGACAGACGAGAGGCUCGUAAAUAUGCUAGUAACCUCCUGAAAGCUGGUUUUAUCAGACACACAGUGAACAAGAUCACCUUUUCAGAGCAGUGCUACUAUGUGUUUGGAGACUUCAGCGACUGUGAAAACUAUAUGGCAAAUCUCUCGCUAAAUGACAAUGAUGGUUCCAGUGGAGCUUCAGACCAGGACACACUGGCACCCUUGCCUUUGCCAGGGGCCACACCCUGGCCCCUGAUGCACACUUUUCCUUAUCAAUACCCACAAACUUACCCCAGCCAACCCCCUCCAUACCAUGAGCUCUCCAGCUAUAUCUAUGCACCAGGAAGUGCUGGCAGUCAACACAGUGAAGGAAGUCGUAGCAGUGGUUCAACACAAAGUGAGGGUGAGCGAAGACGCGGCAGUAAAGGAGGUGGGAGCACCAGUGGACGAGAUGAAAAAUCCCCUGUAGGAGGAGGUGGUGCCGACUCCCGCUCUGGCAGCGGCAGUGAAUCGGAAUACUCUAUUCGCAGUAGCCGGACAAGAGACAAUGGUUCCACCACACCAAGUGAGCACAGCCUCAGUCUGAGCCAGCGGUCCCAUCACAGAGUUUCGCCCUCUCACCUGGCUCCGUAUCCCCCUGGGAUCCCAAUCUCAUAUAAUCCCAUGAUGGUCAUGAUGUUGCCACAGCACCCCCACCCCCAUCCGGCCAUGGGCGGCCCUAUACCCACCCUCCCAACUCCACCUCUUCCAUCUUUGCCGCACACUUUUACACCUGGUGGCCCUCCUGGAGCUCCUCCUACCAGGGAUCUGGGAUCCGUUCCUCCUGAGCUCACUGCAUCCAGGCAGUCCUUCCAUCUGGCUAUGGGCAAGCCCAGCGAGUUCUUUGUGGAUGUUAUGUAG